AUGUGGACGACACUCCGACCAGCUAGCAUCUUUCUCUCCUCUCUUCUCCUCCUUGUUGCAUCCACGCCGCUCCCUGUACAAAGCAAGGAGACGCCAGAGCUGCGCCAACUCACCGGCCAAAACUUUGAGGAAUCGAUAAAGACAAACCAUUGGUAUGUCCUCACUCCUGUUCGAGCUCCCAUGUCUUUGAUUAUAUUCGUUGCUGACACGUUUGUCGAGUUCUUCUCACCAUAUUGCCCGCACUGUACUGCGUUCAAACCUGAUUGGACCAAGAUUGUUGCCGCGCGGGAUGACCCACCACGCCUGAACCUCGCUCAAGUGGACUGCGUUGCCAACGGCGACCUUUGCCGAGCGCAAAAUGUACCUUAUUAUCCGUAUCUACGGCUCUACCGCAACGAAGUCAAUGGCACGCAGACUCAAGACGUCUUCGGCGGGUCGCGGACUAUCGAAAACAUUGAAAAAUGGCUUGAUGAGCGUUCACCAAAGCCAAAAUCCAAUUCUAUACCCCAGCAUAACGACCAAGUAUCUAUACAGCAGAAGAAGUAUAAUGUGGAUGGAAAGGUCCUGGUGUUGGGAGCGAACACGUUCCGCGAACAAGUCGCCAAGGAGCCUACAUUUGUCAAAUUCUUCGCUCCUUGGUGUGGACAUUGCCAGAAGUUGGCACCGAAAUGGGUCGAGCUUGCCGAAAAGCUAAAAGGCGUCAUCAACGUGGCCGAAGUCAACUGCGAUGCUCACGGUACCUUGUGUCGCGACCAGGAAAUCGAAGGCUAUCCUACUGUCACGCUGUAUCUCAACGGGAAGAAGGUUGACUACACCGGUAGCAAAUCUGUUCCCGCGAUGGAGGAUUUCGCCCGCAAGGUCAUGUCGCCUCGCGUCGAGGCUGUCGACGAGGAGCAAUUUGAGAAGAAGCUCAAGGAGCAAGAAGUGAUCUUCCUCCUCUUACAUUCUGGAAAGGACGAGCGACUAGUUUCCGUCGUAGCCUCUGCCGCUCAACCACUUCUUGGAAAUCCACCAAUCCUGACGUCGACAUCCAAGGCACUCUACGCGCAAUAUAACCUGCAGUCUGCGUCUUCUUCGUCUGUGCCAGUCUUAUUGGCGAUCAAAUCGCACUCGCAGAAAAAGUAUGCGGCCAAGAUUGAACUCGAUGGACUCGUGACGGGUUCUGGUAAUGCCGAGAGAUUGGAGACGUGGUUGCAACGCCAUCGGUUCCCUGUCGUGAGCAAGUUGGGGAUGGACAAUUUUUAUAGCGUCAUGAAGAACCCGACCAAGCCGUUUGUCGUUCUCGCUGCCAUUGACUCUGGGCACGACGUCGAAGCUGGUGGCGACGAAGAAGCGGUACUUCCUAAUGCGCACCCCGAACAGCAGCUUUCGUCGGCUGCUCAAGACCAUAUCCAACGGUUGAGCAAGAUUUCGGAAAAGUGGGCAGUCGAAAGUGAGAAAAAGGAGCGCACGCGCGAGGUUGUGUUUGUGUGGAUGGAUGGGAGACGGUGGGGACGGUGGUUGAAGAAUAUGUAUGGUAUCAAGGAUGUGACGACGUCUGGUGGCGUUGGGCUCGUCGUUGUUGAUCAUGGGAGCUUGCUUUACUAUGACUCUGACGAUCAUGGAAAGCCUCUUGUGCUUAGCGAAGAGUCGGUGUGGUCGACGUUGCGUGCGAUUUAUGAUGGCAAGGCGAAGCCACGCCAUAGCGAAAACUUGUUUGAGCGGAUAGCAAGGAGUGUGAACAAUCGUCUCAUGGGACUGGAGACGUUUGUGAGAGAGAAUGUCAAGACGACAGUCUUCCUUGGUGUCAUGUUCUUUGUCUUUUUGUUCAUGUCAUUCCGAUGGUGCAUCAACUCUGACUUGCCAAACGACUAUUAUGAUGGCGAAAAGCGCGAGGACCGACGGUUGGACUAG